CUUCACCAGAAGGCCAACGGUUAAGCUAAUGAGGUGCGAAUCCAGCCGGCAAAAGAUUCUCGGGAUGCAUUUUGGAAGUAUUAUCAUGUUUUCAAUCUCUAGAUAGUUUCUUCUAUUUAUUGGUCGAUCAAAGAGUUAACACUUCCAAGGACUGUGUUUUGUGAUUUGAGAUCGUAUCAUACGACAAUGGCAGGUCAGCCUGCAACUGGAUCAGUCCACGACUUAAUCGUUAAGGAUGCCAAGGGAAGUGAUGUUGAUCUCAGCAAGUUCAAGGGGAAAGUCCUGUUGAUUGUUAAUGUUGCAUCUGAAUGUGGCUUAACCAAUUCGAAUUACACAGAGCUGAGUCAGUUGUAUGAGAAGUAUAAGGAUCAAGGCUUGGAAAUUCUAGCAUUCCCAUGCAAUCAGUUUGGAGCUCAGGAGCCAGGGAGCAAUGAGCAGAUUGUAGAGUUUGCUUGCACUCGCUUUAAGGCUGAGUUUCCCAUUUUUGACAAGAUUGAAGUAAAUGGUGAAAAUUCAUCUCCAUUGUACAAAUUCUUGAAGUCAGGCAAUUAUGGGAUCUUUAAGGAUGAUAUUCAGUGGAACUUCGCCAAGUUUUUGGUUGAUAAAAACGGAAAAGUUGUUGGUCGCUAUUACCCUACUGCUUCUCCUCUAAGCCUUGAGCAUGACAUAAACAAGCUGUUGGCUGUUGCCUGAGCAAUGAGACAUGAAAGCUUGAGCUUGAUCUGGGUCUUGUGGAACUUGAGCGUUUGAGAUAUGCGAGUCUAUAUGCCCUCUCUGUGGAACUAUGUGAUGUGAUUUGUUUAAUAAUCAAGUUCCAGUCAUUUGGUGUGGCGUUUUCUUAGUUCUUAUGUAGUUUGCAAAGCACGAAUGGCAUUCACAAUCUCUA